AUGGUCCCACCACCUACUCGAUCACCAGUAACAGGUAACCCCGUUCCACCCUACUACAUCCACUCCGAUACGUUGAAUUUCCGAGAUGUACACGGUCGAUCACUUUUACUUCGAGGAGUGAACUUAUCAGGAUCAGCCAAGAACCCCAAUGGACAGCCAUCGCAUAUUAGACAGAACUUCUGGGAAUCGGCAGAAGCGGGUGAAGGAGAUUUCAUGAAUAACCCAUUGAAUCUUGAGGAUGGUUCAGCCGAUAUACAUCUAGCCAGAUUGAGAGCAUGGGGUUAUAACAUGUUGAGAUACGUCUUCACAUGGGAGAGUUUGGAGCACAAGGGUCCGAAACAGUAUGAUUACGAGUAUAUGGACUAUAUAAUAAAGGUGUUGAGGAAAUGUAAAGAAUGGGGGUUUAGGGUGUUUAUGGAUCCUCAUCAGGACGUGUGGUCAAGAUUCACUGGUGGAUCCGGCGCACCAUUAUGGACCCUCUACGCCUGUGGUAUAGAUCCUUACGGUCUCAUGCCAACCGCAUCAGCAUACAUACAUUGUGAAUGGCCCAAUGCCGAGAACCCCAAACCAGAGGAGUUCCCAGCAAUGAUAUGGGGGACGAAUUAUACUCGACUGGCUGGACAGACCAUCUGGACAUUGUUCUUUGCUGGUAAAACGUUCGCUCCGAAAUGUAUCAUUGAUGGCAAGAACAUACAAGAUUACUUGCAAGAUCACUUUAUCGACGCUGUCGGUACAUUGGCGAAGAAGAUAAGUGAAGAAGCGAGUGAUCUCUUGGAUGAAUGUGUCAUUGGAUGGGAUAGUGUGAACGAACCUGGAGAAGGAUUGAUAGGACACCACGAUCUAUCGAAGAUCCCGGAUGAACAGCAACUCAAGAAAGGACCAACACCCACGCCGAUAGAAGGUAUGCGAUUAGGUGAAGGACAGCCUCAACAAGUUCAAAUCUGGAAUUUCGGUGCGAUGGGUCCUUAUAGAGGUGGACAUGAGCUUAUCGAUCCGAAAGGAAGAAAGCUGUGGUUAAGUAAGGAAGAUGAUGAGAAGAGAGGUGGUGGGAAAUGGGGUUGGACAAGAGGUGAAAGCUGGGAGAUGGGCAAGUGCAUCUGGGCACAACACGGUGUAUGGGAUCCCACUACUGGCGCGCUCUUACAACCCGAUUACUUUGUCACUUCACCCGAAGAUCCAGCCCAUGAAGUCGAAUUCGUCGCCGAUUUCUGGUCCUUGCAUUGGUUAUCCUACUCCUCUCGAAUCAGAAUACAUCAUCCCGAAUCAAUUCAUUUCAUUCAAGCGCCCGUACUGAAACAACCACCCAAAUUACCCAAAUCGUUCCUCAAGGACAGGGCAUGCUCAUCACCGCAUUUCUACGAUGGGUUGACGUUGAUGACCAAACAUUGGAAUUGGUUUAACGCCGAUGCGAUAGGUGUGAUAAGGAAGAAGUACUGGUCGAUCGUCCAAGCUGUUAGAGUUGGUGAACAGAAUAUAAGGAAUAUGGUUCAAGGUGAACUGGGAGUAUUGAAGCAGGACACGGUAGAUAUACUUGGUAGUUAUCCGACAUUGAUAGGAGAAAUUGGUAUACCUUAUGACAUGGAUGGGAAGAAAGCUUAUGGCUAUGUCGAUGGUGGAAGAGGAGAAGGUGAUUACUCCAGUCAACAAAGAGCACUGGACUGUUCGAUGAAUGCCUGUGACGGACCCAACUGUUUGAAUUAUACGAUUUGGAACUAUGUUCCUGAUCAUUGUCACGAGUGGAGUGACAACUGGAACGGUGAAGAUCUCUCAUUAUGGAGCAAAGAUGAUAUGCCUCGAGAAACUUUCCAUGACGAAUCGAAGUCUUCUCCCGUAAUCAACUCAUCCUUAUCUAUUCCCACUUCCUCGUCGACCACUUUAGCCGUCUCUCGAUCGACCACACCCAAAGUACCAUUCACGCUAGAGUCGAUUUCAGCCGGCGAUAUUCCACCUUCGUUGAUUCUUGAUGGAUCACGAGCCUUAUCAGCUUUCUGUAGACCCUUCCCAAUCAAAACCGUCGGUGUACCCGAUCGAAUCGAUUUCGACAUUGCCACCACCACGUUCAAAUACGUCGUCAGGGUGAAAUCCAACGAUAUAGCUUCGGAUCAAAUUGCGACGGAGAUCUACGUACCUUACGUACAUUACGCAUCGAGCUUGGGAUUGGAAACAUCAGAUGUCGAUCUAGGAGGAGAUAAUUCAAGAUUGUCUUCUAGAAAUUCAUCAAGUCUAUCCUUGAUCAACGGAGACGAUAAAGAUAAAAGGAAUGGUACUUCAACUGUCAGAUCGGUCAAUCCAUCCAUCAGGAACAAAGAUGAUAUCAAUCUCGAAUUAGAUAUCGAUGUGAAGGUCACUCAUGGUAGAUAUGAGAUAAAUGGCCAGACGUUGACUUGGUAUUAUGAUGUUCCGUCCACAUCGGUAGAAGAGAAAUAUGAGAUUCAGAUCAAAAGGAAUGGAGGAGCAUUAAGGAAAGAUGUAGGAUUUGUCCAACAGGGUAGUUGGUUUGAUGUAUGUCCAAGUGGUUGUGUAAUUGCUUAA